AUGGCCUCCUACGGCAACGGUGCGAUGUAUACAUCAGACCAAUUCAUGAACCCGGGGCCGGCCCCUCGACCCCCAACGGACCGUCCCAAGUUGAAUCUCCCCGUGAACAACACCGCAACGUCCUUCAGUCAAAUGUCUUUGAACUCGCCCAUGACUCCCGGCAUGAAUGGCAACCUUUCGCUGUUCCCCAACACCAGCACGCCCACCUUGAAUCGGUCCCAGACGGCAGGGAGUAGCAAUCUGGUGGUCAAAGAAGGCUACGUGCGAUGCAAGGAAGACAAGUUCCUGGCGACUUGGAAUCAGCGAUACCUUGUACUACGUGAUCUCAAGAUCGACUUCAUGAAGAGUGAGACUGGCAAGGUCGUGCUGUCUUUUCCUCUGUCCACAGUCACCUCAGUUACUCGGUCCGAAGAGUCCAAGAUGGCCUUUGAAGUCACGCGUCUCGCCAACCCCAAGGAUGCGGCUAACAAGACGGCCAUGAUCACGCGCGAUGUCGCCACAAAGACCAUCACCUGUGAGGUCAAGACUGACGAUGAGAUCUAUGAGUGGAUUGACAAGAUAUAUGAACGCUGCCCCGGCAUGGGCGGAGUAAGCAACCCAACCAACUUCAGUCAUCGCGUCCAUGUCGGCUUCGAUCCGCAAACCGGCGCUUUCGUCGGUCUGCCUCCUGAGUGGGAGAAGCUGUUGACAGCCUCUGCCAUUACGAAAGAAGACUACAAGAAGAAUCCUCAGGCGGUCAUCGAGGUGCUGGAGUUCUACUCCGACAUCAAGAUGCGCGAGCAGAAUCCCCAAUACUUCGCGGGCAUGAAUGGCGCGGGAGGCGCACCACCCAAGCCUCUUGGCAGCAAUGCCGUGGGCAAUUCCAUUGCUCCUCCUCGUCCCCCGCCUCCAGGCCCUAUGCAGCGCUUGGACAGCGGCCAGUCAAAGUCGUCCAUGGACAGUACCAUGCGUUCGCAGACAUCCUCACCCGCCCAGUCGGGUGGCGAGUCCGAUCGCGCUGCUGAACAACAGCAACAGCUUGAACGUAUCAAGCAGAAGGCGGAUCAGGAGCGCCGCCGCGUUGAGGAGGAACAGCGCCGCAAAGAGGACGCUGCGUAUAAUGCGUCUAUUCCUCAAACUCGGGUCCCGCUGGCUAAGCAGGAGCUUGGUGGCUAUGGGAGCUCAGAUGCGUCCAUGAACAAUCGCUAUCAGCCAAGCCGCCCGGCUCCUCAGGCUCCUGGCGCUGGCGCUCGCGCUCCGGGUGUUCAGCCUUUAACGGCUCAGCGCCCGGCGCCGGCACCUCCCUCGCAGAGUCCCUACGGACAGAGUGCGUCUCGCACUCCUGCUGCUGGAGCCUCUCGCGGUGAUGAUGCCCAGAACGCGUCCAGCCGCUAUGCGGCCAAUGAUCCUCGCGCACAGGCAUCCACUCGCCAGCCCCAGUCCAACGGGACCAAAGGCCAGCAGGGACCUCCUCCCACCCGUCUUCCUGCCCCUGUCCAAGCUGUGAAGCCGCUUAACAUUGCCAACAAGCAGGCUGCCCCCAAGCAGCAAGCCGUUCCUGAUGGUGUUCGCCAGGCCGAGGCGGCUUUGACGAAGAAGCCCGAGGCGAGCAAUAAGAAGGAAGUGCGCAUGUCGGCCAUGUCUGAAAACGAAGUCAUGGAUCGCCUGCGGUCGGUUGUCUCCAAGGACAACCCCAACGAGUCGUACAGCAAGCAGCGCAAGAUUGGACAGGGUGCAUCAGGCUCAGUGUAUGUGGCUCGUGUCAAGGAGCACGCCACGUCACCUGUAGCACACGAGCUGUACCGGCAGUACGGACCUCGCUGCCAAGUGGCUAUCAAGCAGAUGGAUCUGCGCAGUCAACCCCGAAAGGAGUUGAUCGUAAACGAGAUUAUCGUGAUGAAAGACAGCCAGCACGCCAACAUUGUCAAUUUUUUGGAUUCUUUCUUGCAAGAGUCGAGCAAUGAGCUGUGGGUCGUGAUGGAAUUCAUGGAGGGCGGAGCGUUGACUGAUGUGAUUGAUAAUAACCCGGUCAUCACCGAGAAUCAGAUUGCGACUAUUUGCUUCGAGACUUGUAAGGGGUUGGCCCACUUGCACAGCCAGAAUAUCAUUCACCGUGACAUCAAGAGUGACAACGUUCUGUUGGACCGUGUUGGCCACGUCAAGAUCACCGAUUUCGGCUUCUGUGCCAAAUUGACCGAGUCAAAGAGCAAGCGUGCUACUAUGGUCGGUACGCCUUACUGGAUGGCACCAGAGGUGGUCAAGCAGAAGGAGUACGGACCCAAGGUUGAUUGUUGGUCCCUUGGCAUCAUGGCCAUUGAGAUGAUCGAGUCCGAACCUCCAUACCUGAACGAGGAGCCCCUGAAGGCUCUGUAUCUGAUUGCCACCAACGGUACACCGCGUCUGAAAAAACCCGAGAAGCUCAGCAGGGAGCUCAAGUCCUUCUUGAGUGUCUGUCUUUGUGUAGAUGUUCGCAGUCGCGCUACUGCCGAUGAGUUGUUGGCUCACGAAUUCCUCUCAACCGGCUGCAGCCUCGCCAGUCUUGCUGAGCUGCUGCGCUGGAAAAAGGCCAAUGGUCAAUAG